CCCUGCGCCUCGCGGCAACUCGAUCAUAUGCCGCCGCAUUAACCUUCACUCUCACUCCCUCACCGACCGAUUUUCCUUUCUACUUUGCUGCAAAUCCUCUCUCCCUCCAAAUCUCCGAUACCCACAGAGAGAGGGAGAGAUGGCGAGGGAUGAAAUCACUCCGCUGGGUACCCAUGAAGGAGGACAAGAAGAACAAGAGCGAGGUGCUGGGGGCAAGGUGAAGAGAUUGCUGCCGAGGAAACCCCCCGCAACUCCUUAUUCGCGGCCGCCGGAAACCUCUCGGCGCCGUUGGAUUUCGAGGCUCAUGGAUCCUGCUUGCCGUCUCAUUGCUGGCCAAGCCACGCGGAUUUUCCCUUCCUUCUUCUCCAAAACCUCCGUCGCCCCUGCUCUUCCUGGCCCUACUCGUGCCGACGGGGAUCAAGGUAAAUGGCUGACAGGUGAAGAAACUCAAAGGGAUGACAGACAGGAAGGUGAUUUACAUGAUGGGACAUCCAAAUCAGCUGAAACAGAAAGUACUGGUGAAAGAUAUAAUAAACUGAGCAGCAGUUGUGAUUUGGUUCUGCAUAAACAGGAUGAAAAAGGAGAGCAAUCUGAAAACAACAAGCUAUCUGAAAUUGAGCAACUGGUAAAAGGGAAAAGAUUUUCGAGAGACGAGGUUCACCAUUUGAUGGAGAUAAUAAAUUUGAGGGCAAGUGAGCUUCCUAAUGUUGUACAAGGAGAGGAAAACGCUAGCCUAACUGUUAGAAAUGACAACAAAGGAAUUGUUGUGUCACAUGAUGAUCCAAACAUAUCAAAUGAACAAAAACACGAAGACUUGACUGGAGCUUUAUGGGGAAGCUCAACACGUCUUGAUCGGUCAAAGGUCCAAGAUGAUAUUGGUGCCUCACCAGUUGAGAUUGCAAAGGCUUAUAUGGGUUCCCGUGCAUUUGAAGUAGGCCCCAGUUCUAAGAGCACAGUCCACACUGUUGAAAGCGGCAUGCUACAUGGUAAUGAAGCUGCUAUAAAGCCAUAUGUUCCAUCACUUUCACCAAAGACGUCAGCAUGUUGGCCAGGUGUCAUGGUGCAAGAUUCUUACACAACACCAUUAAGCCAAAGUAGGGGAUAUGGCCUUCAUAACUUCCCCAGAACGCCUUAUUCUAGAACAAUUUUAUCAAAAUCCAAGUCCAGGUCAAUUCAAAUGCAAGGCAAUAACAGUCAUAUGUCAUCAACUCCCCUCCAUCAAUCACAGACUACUUUGUAUCUGCAGGAUAAAUCUAGAGUUGAUGCAUUUGAGGGUGGUUAUGGAUCUGUUGGACCCAUCCGUCGAAUUAGGCACAAGGCUGGUGCACAAUCUUCUUCAAGAAGGCCAGCUUACACACCUUCACCUCUGAAUGGCCCGGCCAGGAGGGAAAGUUCAGAUGUUCAUGAAGGUUUCUUGCCUGCUUUUACAAAGAAUUUGGAACCUGACAAGACUGGCGACACUCAUAAAUUCCACUCAUUAGAUAACAAGCCACAGGGUAGUGGGGUUGCUCUUCCAACAGUGCACAUGCAUACCAGUUUGAUGGCUAGGAGAAUAUUGGAGCAUAUUGAUAGAAAUCCUCCCACUCCUCAACAGAAAUCUGCAGAGCUGAAUCUGGCCACUAAAUGGAAGAAUCCCGAGUCUUCUGUUAAUGCCAAUGGUGUCUUGUCAAAUGAAAAUAAUGGCUUUCUGAAAUUAAAAGAUGCCAAUUCAUAUAAAUAUGAUGGGUAUGAUGGAAAGAAAUCCACUCUAAAUGAAAUUCAAGGGAGCUCCCAUGUUGAUAGUUUGAGUGCUGAUAAAUCUAUCAAUGUCAACAAUGCAACAUCUUUGCCAUCUGGAAUCAACGUUGGCAGUAGCUUCCUGAAAAUUGGAAGUGAUGCAAGGUCCUUGCAAAAUACUAAUGGCGCCCGAAAUUUUCCAAUGAAAUCUACUGAAGAGGAUGCAUCGAAGAUUGUCUCAUCUGUUAAUCAGCCUAGUGUGAAAAUUCAAGAGAAGAUACCUCUGUCCAACUACUCAAUUGGAAAACCGGUAUUACCAUCUAUUAACAUCAACAAGCCUGAGCCAAAGUGGACCUUGGCAUCUGAUAGAAGCUCAGGAUUUACCUUCCCGGUUUCUGCUGCCUCUUCUGUAUUCUCCGAGCCACCUACACCAUCCAUCGUGCCAUCGUUCUCCACUGGCGGUGACCGCCAAUCAAAAGAAAUUGCUACUGAACCUUCAUAUAGUUUUGGAUCCAAAAGAUCAAGUCCAGCUCUAGUGUUCUCUUUCCCUUCUACAAGCAGUACUGCUGUUCAGAAUGACGCUGGUGACAUAAAGUUCAGCUUUGGGUCCAAUGAUAAGUCUAGGCUUUCAUUUAGCUCGUUUGGUACGAAUGCCGUCUGCUGAAACAGGGGAAUUUAGGUUUCAUAAGUUUUCCGAUCUAUUUUUUCCCUCAGGCUAAUAGGCUUUCUUUUCUUUUCUUUCUUUCUUUGCUUUUUUUUUAAUACUCUUGUUGCCCAUCCUCUUAGCUGUUUGUACAGGCACUCUUGCUUUUGUUUUUCGACUGAAGAUACGAGUGAAUUAAAAAUUAAGCCUUUUUGAAGGGUUACAAUUGAGUCUGUCUAUUGUCUUUUCCACUGACCUGCUGGGCUUGUUGGAAGACUAAAAUGUAAAAUAUUGAUAAGCAGGUGAUUUCUUAUUACGUCGGUAGAAGUA